AUUUCCUCAGUAGAGCUGCCUGGUUUCGAAUUCAAUUCUCACGACCUUUAGCGGUCGUCCAAGAUGGCCAAUCUGAUUCCCCCGAAAAAAAAAACAAAUGGUUCCGUACCAGAGAAGUACGAAUGCCCCCAUUCCGAAAACCCCGGAAAACUGUUGAUUCUUCUCCGGUCCGGGUUUUGGUCAAGGGUGGCUGAAGGGAUGGUAAAAAAACAUCUUCAUCAGUUUGCACGGACGGACGUUUUGGCGAGGGGGUUUGAGUGGAUGGAUGGCCAAUGGCCGAUUGGCGAAGAGCUCACUUCACACUUCGUGCAAACGGUUUGUUUGGUCGGGAUCCGCCGGAACUGGAACUUUUUAUUAUUAUUAUUAUUAUUAUUAUUAUCUCUUUUGCGGUCUAAUCAAAUCAACUCCGGUCUCGACCCCCGGGAGGAGGGCCACGAGCGAAGAGAAUCUUUUUAAAAACCGAAAACACAAAACACAAAAAGGAAACAAAAUAAAAAAAAAGGUUCGCUCGGUGAGUAACACUUUUCGACCUUUUCCUUCUCCGCCGGAAAGUCGGCUCACGGGAUGCCACGAUGCCGGUGCAAAUAACUUCCCCGUCUUCAGUUUCCCCCCCUCCGGUAUUUAACAGGCACCCCCUUCCCCUGGUGAACCUCGGGAGCCAACAAGUGUUUGAACGAAGCGCACCAGCGUCACUGCUUCGAUCUUCGCAAAUCGUUUGUCGAUCCCCCGACCCGCCGCGGGUGGCGCGGGAAAAACUCGAAACAAAAUGGGAAAACCGGGAGUUUUCCCUCCCUCGCCUCCGCCCGCGUUCAGGCAACCCCUUACUUCCCACUUCGCCACCAAACAAAAAAACACAAGCGAACUAAUAAAUAAACCAACGAUUGCGGUGGGUAUCGUGCCGUGAUUUAUCGGCCGACCACCCGGUGUGCGUUCCAAGUUCUGACUUUUCCACCCCCUCCUGGGGUUCCGAGGAGUAGGAGGACGUGAUUUGCUCACCCGCUCUUCGAAUUCGAAUCCAAAUCGCGUUGCUCUGAUCCCGUGAAAGGGGGAGGUGAGAGGAUGCGGGAUCGAUAAUUUGCUGGUUUUUUGGUUCGGUUUGCUGGUGGUGGUGUGGUGCCACUAGACUCCUCUUCCCUUUCACGCCACGCCAAGAGCCUUUAAAGUAGCGCCACAGCAGCAGGACAGAAAUAGAAAUAAAUUAAAUUCGAUCCCAGUAGGCGAGGGGUGGCUCCGGAUCGAAUAGUGGGCGAAGGUGAGAAAUCUGGCCAUAGGUCGGCUCUCUCCUUCUGUCCUGAUCCCUUUUUUUUGUUUUUUUGGUGAAAAACGCGCUCGAGAAAACUCGAACACAAACCUUUUGCGGCGCGACGCGACGCGCCGCGAUGAGCGGUACUUGUUGUGUGUUCUUUGUGUGCCCGUGUGUUUGUACAUUGCCGCAUCCCCUUUUUUUCAUCGGACGAGGCAGGCGGCGCAAGAGAAAAAAACAAACCCUCGGACCCAAAAAGUUGCCGACCCACGGGAUCACCGGCUAGAGGAUGCCGGUUGGAAGGGAUCGUUUGGGAUUUCGCCUGACCGGUUUUCGGUCAUGUUCUGGUUGAGUGCGAAUGUGCGAGUGAGUCUGACGCAGCGAGGCAGCGAGGCAGCGGCACCGGUCCGCGGUUCAUUCAUUUUCCAAAUCAAUCAACCGUCUACCUGGUUCACGGUUUUACGACCCCAAAAAGCAGCCCCUCGUUCCAGUGCCGCGAACAUGCGAGAGCGCGAACGCUUUCCAAUGGCCAUCCGCGGGGAUGGAUUCAUGCGGGGAUUUUGUCGGAUUCGCACACACACACACACACACACACACACACACAGCCCCAGGACACAGACAGACUGACAAUCCAUCUCAGUGGGCGCUGCUUUCGAGCAUUCGAGCAUUUCGAGAGCCCUUACAUGGUGGUCGAUGGUCCGGAACGGAAUGGUCAGAAAAUCCUUGGAACGCGACCCCUGGAUGACGAUGACGACCACGACCCGGACCCGGACUGACCAUGAAUACAUGGAGGCGAGAAUAUGUUUAUUUUAAAACAUCAAAAACGAAAAUGUGUGUGUGUGUGGUCACUGGAAACCGUUCGAUCGAUCGAUCAAACGAUAUCGUAUCAGCUUCUUCCGGAAAUCUACCAACACGGCAGCUCGUCUGUCAACAAUGCGUCCUUGGCAGGAAUCCUUCGGAGAAAAUGGAACCACCUGCGCUGUGGUCCAGUGACAGCUCCUUGCGCCUCGUACUCGUACUGCCAAACAGGGGUAAACAACAGUUUGUGCAAAAGUUUCGCUUCGGUGGUGACUCGAAAAUGGUGAAAAAGAAUUUCUAAAACGCGGUUCCCUUACCGGGACCGCUGGGUUCGGCAAACAUCCGGGGCCCCGUCGUACUCCGUUCGAACCUGGCCAAUAGAGCAGGUGUGCACCCACCGUGCGCACCACGUGUCCGAAGGCCUUCUGCAACCAUUUGGAGGUUAUGUGCCCCCCCGCAGGUUGGAUUUCUACGAACGAAACGAAUCCAUUGCAACGGUAGCUGUUGGUUGGAGGAACAAAGCGAAUAGUCCAUUAUGUUUACCUUCCUUCCCGUCUUCCUAUCCUCUGCAUCCCGAUCCACUGUCUCUGGCUUAUCCUGCUGCAUCAGUAUCCUUAUCAGUAUCCUCCGUCAUCAUCGCAUCGUCGCAAUCUCGCAUGCCAUUCCAGGUCGAUACCAUUACCGACAACCGACUGUGAACCCCCGGUUGCUCUCAGUAUCAGUAAGACACGAUAACCGCAACAACAACAACAACAACAACAACAUGAAAGAAGUGAACCAAUCAACCACAAAUAACGCAUAGAUCAGGAAGCGUAGGAGAUAAAACUCCGGUAGGCAUGCGUAUGCCAUAUUUAAUUAAUCUGGUAUGCGUCCCACUUGGUCCCGGUGUGUGCGUGUGUGUGUCUGUGUGUGUGUGUACACUUGUUAUUUAUUGAGCUGACCUGAGGACCUCCUAAGCAGGACAAACGUCCCUUAUUAUGCAGAAGACCUUGUUUAAGUCAGCAAAUUAUAAUUAAUUUAAGAAUCAAACAGUUCCGGCAAACCAAUACGUGGGGUAUC